CAUUGAUCCAUGCGCCGUAGGAAAAUUCCAGUCCCAUCGGUUUUGUCUCUGAGAGAGAGAUACUUGUCUCCAUAUUUAUCCGAUUGGCAACAAUUUUCGUCAACGAUUUUUAGGGGACAAAACCCUAGCCUUUCAACUUCAGUCUGUUGCGGUGAUUUUCGUCCAGAUAUGGUUGAUGUAGCCGACAAAUUGACGUAUUUCCGAGCAAUCACGGGCCUUGAAGAUCCCGAUUUGUGCACUGAGAUCCUCGCCGCCCAUGGCUGGGACCUCGAGCUCGCGAUCUCCUCCUUCACCGGCACGAACGUCGCAUCUACGGAUAAUUCCACUAGAGAAACCACAACCGCCUCCGUAGACGGGGGCGGCAGUGGCACGCUGUCUUCCGAUUUAGAGCCGCACGGAGGAGUCUCAGAACGUUCGGAACCGUCUGCGAAUGGGGUCCCCGGUCCCGGUUUGGCGUGGAAGCUUGUUACGUUGCCGAUUUCUGUAAUUUCCGGCAGUCUAGGCUUGAUUUCCAGUGCGAUUGGGCUCGGAUUUUGGGCCGCGGGUGGUGUGCUCUCGUACUCGAUGGGAAUGAUCGGCCUGGGUUCUGGUUCGGUCCGGGCAGGAGAGGCUUCGGCCCGGUUGGUUCCAAUUUCGGCCGCGGCGUCGGAGGCUACGAACUUUGUGUUGGCGUUCGAGAGGGCUUACGGGUCCAGGGGGCCGAAUUUCGUGAGCGAGGGGUUCAUGGACGCGUUGCAGAGGUCGAGGAACGAGUUCAAGCUCAUGUUCGUGUACUUGCACUCACCGGAUCAUCCGGACACGCCUUUGUUCUGCGAGCGGACUCUGUGCUCAGAGUUACUGGCGGACUUCGUCAACGAGAACUUCGUGCCGUGGGGAGGGAGUAUUAGGGCUAGCGAGGGGUUCAAGAUGUGUAACAGUUUAAAGGCUUCGCGGUUUCCAUUCUGUGCCGUGGUUAUGGCGGCUACGAAUCAGAGGAUUGCGCUGCUCCAGCAGGUUGAGGGACCAAAAUCACCUGAAGAAAUGCUCGUGAUGUUACAGAAAGUGCUUGAAGAAAGUGCCCCUGUUCUUGUUACAGCAAGGCUUGAUGCAGAAGAAAGAAGAAACAACACGAGAUUAAGGGAGGAGCAAGAUGCUGCUUACAGAGCAGCACUUGAAGCUGAUCAAGCUAGGGAGCGCCAGAGGAGGGAAGAGCAAGAACGUAUUGAAAGAGAAGCUGCUGAAGCUGAGAGGAAACGUAAGGAGGAAGAAGAGGCUCGUGAAAGAGCGGCACGUGAAGCUGCAGAGAAAGAAGCUGCAUUAGUGAAAAUGCGGCAGGAGAAAGCUUUGUCACUUGGUGCUGAACCUGAAAAGGGACCUAAUGUUACGCAGGUUUUAGUACGGUUUCCUACUGGAGAACGCAAGGAGAGGAGGUUUCAUAGUGAUGCAACAAUUCAAUCUCUUUAUGACUAUGUUGAUUCCUUGGGCUGUUUAGAAGUUGAUAAUUAUAGUCUUGUCUCUAACUUUCCCCGGGUUAUUUACGGACCAGAGAAACUGUCUUUGACAUUGAAAGAAGCAGGAUUGCAUCCUCAGGCCGGCCUUUUUGUGGAGCUGAACUCAUAGAGGAACUACUUCUUCAGAAGUAAUAUAUUUAUCAGUACCGCGAGAUGAGGCCUGCAAGUAGAAAUGAUUGUUGUAAUUUUCUUUCCUAUUUCAACUCGAUUAGCAACGCUGCAAUCAGAUAGAUAGGUUGCCAUGUCUCGACGUGGAUAUUUGUUUUUCCUCGAUGCUGAAUCUCUGAUGCAGAUGGCCCUAAGUGUGAAAAUGCGUUUGAAAUAUUAAGACGUUGAUUUUGCACAUAUAACAAUCAAAUUUAAAAAUCAAAUAAACUUAGAGAUGAUUAUUGACC